AUGGGGGGCACCUUUGCAGCCUCUCAACCCGAGGACAUGGUUGUCAAGUGCUUCGCGAAUAACGCCUUCAAAAUCUCCACCCAGAAACGCGAAACGACUCAGUUGGAUGUGGAUGCCGAGAGGUUGGGAACGAGUCGAGUGGUUGGGAACGAGCAUUUGUGGGUGCAAAGGCGUAGUAGCUUCAGGGAGCGCUUCCGUAGGACGCUGCUUCCGGGGAGGGGUGCGGGCAGUGGUGCGGGAAGGACUGGAGCAGGCCCUUGGGGUGGCAGUGCCCUUUGCAUAGUGUCAGCGUUGCAGGUUCAGGUUUGGGGCCUUCUUGCGCUUGUCGAGUGGGAAUUGGGGGAGCCCACGGGCGCCCCUGUCCUGCCUGGCAGCGCUGCAGUUUGUGUCCUGAUUUAA